ACUCACUCAGUCAUAGUAAUUACUAAUCCAAUGCAACUAAGCAACACAGAUUAAGGUUGUAAAAAUACACUUAAAGCAAAGCAAUCGAGAAUCAUGAGUCAAGAACCGCCACAAAGACCACGAGCAGAUCAAUUCCCCGAGCAACAACCAAUCAAAUACGGUGAUGUAUUCAACGUCACGGGAGAAUUAGCAUCACAACCAAUCAAACCAAGAGACGCAGCUCUCAUGCAGGCAAAAGAGAAUCAAGCCUUAGGACAAACCCAAAAGGGAAGUCCUGCCGCAGUCAUGCAAUCAGCAGCCGCAGUAAACACCGCAACAGGUCUUGUCCACCGCGACGACAUCUCAGACAUAGCCAGAAACCAAGGUGUGAGCAUCUCCGAAUCCAAAGUGGGUGGGAACCGCGUGAUCACUGAGUCGAUUGGGUCACAAGUUGUAGAAGAGUUCGUUGAGCCUGAUGUGCCAAUGAAUGAUCCUGGUUUGGUUUUGGAUAAGAAUGCUAUAACCAUUGGAGAGGCGCUGGAAGCUUCUGCUUUAACUCGAGCUGGUGAUAAACCGUUGGAUCAUAGCGAUGCUGCUGCUAUACAAGCAGCGGAAAUGAGAGCCACCGGAAAGAAUCAAACUGAGCCGGGUGGAUUGGGCGCCAUUGCUCAGUCAGCUGCAACUCGGAACUCUCGUACUAUGCCCGAUCUGCAGAAAACAACAUUAGCUGAUGUCGUAUCGGGUGCGAGGGAGAAGCUGGGGGCAGACAAAGCUGUAACUCGAGAGGACGCGGAGGGAGUGAUUGGAGCUGAGCUUAGAAAUAAAGCUGACAUGAGAACUACACCGGGCGGUGUGGCUGGGUCGAUGGCAGCAGCGGCUACGCUCAAUCAAAAAACAUCAAUCAUGGUGUCUAAACAAAUCAAUGAAGACCGGGUUUUAAAGACUGAGUGUUUGUAAAACUAAACUAGCCUUACUGCCACUGUGCUUUACUUGGAAAGAAAGUUACCUUUCCUUUUGUAGAGUUUUUUUGGUAAAUAAUAGUUUAUUCUACUAUAUGUACA